AAACAAAAAUGGCGGACAAAGCGUUGGCGGCAUUUGAAUAAUGUUAUAGGCUGAUGGAAAGGCGUCCAGACACCUCCCCUCAAGUGGUGCUAAGUCCCUAAAUAUCAUGCAGCUGUUAAAACCGGAAUGGAUUAACCAUGAUGGGGGCAAGGCUAUCUUCAGUGUAGAUCUGCACCCUGAUGGUACUCGUUUUGCUACUGGUGGACAAGGUCAGGAUUCAUCUGGACGAGUUGUAGUGUGGAAUCUAAAACCUGUUGUAUUUGAGAAGUACGAGGAGGAUGAAAAGGUGCCCAAGUUGUUGUGUCAACUAGAUCAGCACUUAGGGUGCGUGAACAGUGUUCGUUGGUCAUGUAAUGGCCGUUUUUUGGCCUCAGCUGGAGAUGAUAAAGUUAUUAUUAUCUGGCAACAGAGCAGUUAUGGAGGUGGUCAAGUUUUUGGAUCAAGUGUGGUGAAUGUUGAGUCUUGGCGGAGUGUAGCAACACUACGUGGUCACGAAGGCGACAUCUUGGACGUCGCGUGGUCACCAGGGGAUGUGUGGCUGGCAUCAGCAUCCAUAGAUAACAGUGUUAUUAUAUGGAACACAUCUAAAUGGCCAGAGCAAGUGCGAGUUUUAAGAGGACACACUGGUUUAGUGAAAGGAGUGACAUGGGACCCAAUUGGACGUUAUUUGACUUCUCAAGCAGAUGAUAAGAGUCUGCGUAUUUGGCGUACCACAGAUUGGACGACUGAAGAAAAGAUUGUUGAUCCAUUCACUGAGUGUGGUGGCACGACAACUGUCCUACGGCCAAGUUGGUCCCCAGAUGGCCAGUACUUAGUCUCAGCUCAUGCUAUGAACAAUGGGGGUCCUACAGCACAGAUUAUUGACCGUGAUGGAUGGAAUACUGAUAAGGAUUUUGUUGGCCACCGGAAACCUAUAACAUGUGUGCGGUUCAACCCAAACACCUUGAAGAAAGUUGACCCGAAGACAGGCAAGUCGGUGCAGUACUGCUGUGUGGCCAUUGGUUCUCGUGAUCGCUCCAUCUCAAUUUGGUUCACUUCACUCAAGAGGCCACUGGUGGUUGUUCAUGACAUAUUUGAUGAUUCUGUUCUUGACCUCUCAUGGAGCAGUUGUGGGCGAUAUUUGAUGGCAGUGUCUAAAGAUGGUACUCUUGCUUUCAUCAAUUUCUCUGUGGAAGAAAUAGGAUAUCCUCUAUCUGAGGACGAGACGAAUAAUCUUCAUAUGAAGCUGUAUGGUAAGUCAGCUCUGACGUCUGCCUCAUCAUUGAACCCCACGAUAAUAGAAAACCCAGAACUUCUCCGUCUUCGUGAGGAGGAAAGAGCAAGGGCAAAAGCAGCAACUGCCAGUGAGCAAAGUCAGCGACCAGCCCCACCAACACCCCAGCGAGCCCCAAUCAACAAACAAAUUGAAACGAGAACAGCUGAUGGCAAGAGAAGGAUCACACCAAUGUUUAUUCCUCCAACUGAAGGUGUGGAGAGUCCAAACAAGUCCUAUGAGGCAAGUUUCUCCUCUAGUCAACAGGAAAAGAGUAAAAUUGUAGUAGAAAAAGUUGAUGGAGUGGUGGAGCCCAAUGUGUCAACCAGUCGACCACCAUCAGUUUUCUGUGGUAAUUCUAGCAGCUCUCCUGGCAAGGGAACGCCUCUACCAGCGGAGUUCAAUGGUGUACCUGCAGGUUUACCUGCUAGAUUUGGCAAGUCGUCUGGUAAUAACUCUGAGAAGCAGGUUGAUGGUCAGGUCACUACUUUAUCUAAUAAACGCAAACAGGAAGAUGCACAGCCUAUUAUGGUCAAGCGAAAACGUGGGCGGCCUCCACUGUAUGAUCGAUCCUCCGCUCCAGUUCCCCCCCGAGCUCCCUCCCCACCAGCAGCUCCUACGCCUGUUUCAUCACGACCACCGGUAGUUACCACACAGCACAUUGGGCAGCCUCUGCUCCUACUACCUGAAGCAUCUCUAUCAAAAUCAGCAAGAGUUCAGAUACCAGGAGAGAAUUCUCAAGAUGGUCCUCCAACUUUACUAGUGGUGGAGAAUGACUACCGCAUUGGUGGUCGUGUCGGUUUGGGUACACCUAACUUGCAUCGGGUUAGCAGGACACAAUUAAACGUUGUGAGUUGGGUGGUUUACCUCACGUCUCAAGUGACAGCUGCUUCUGCUACAUCUACUACUGCAGCAUUCACAUGUCAGGACAAGUCUCUCCACAUUCUGGAUAUUAAAACUGGUGAGAUGACACUACCUCCUCUUCAAUUACAAGGUAGAGCUUCCCAGUUGUUUGUCCAGGAGAGCUCCAUAAUGGUACUAACUACAGAUGCAACACUUUCCAUUUGGGACUUAACGAAAAAGAAGAGGAUCCUUUCAGAAACUGUCAGACAUCUGGUUGAAGGUCGUAAGGGAGGAGUAAAAUCAGUUCAGUUGACUCCAGGAGGAACUCCAGUAUUGUUGCUCACAUCAGGAGAGGCAUUCACUAGAUGCCAGGACUUAGAGGCAUGGUUAUUACUUGGUGAUGUUGCCAGUGUGCGUUGUGUUGUUCAACCAGAGUAUACAAUGUUGCCUCCAUGCCACCCAGCAGACAACUGUUCCAGGCCACUUGCUAGUCUCUUACACCAGACUGCUGCAUAUUCUGGAUCUUCUCGGGUGUCCCGACCUGUAAUUUCUGAUGAUGCUCGACAGAAUUUGACAGAAGUGUUCCUCAACCGUAUGCUAACAUCAGCGGAGUAUCUCAGAUCUGCUAAUGAUUACAAAUUUUGGUUGAAACGCAAAAUCCAGUUUUUCAUCAAGGAAGGACUGGAGAAAAAAUUACGAGAUAUUUUUGAUGAUCUUCUUGGCCCAAGACACAGUGGUACAACAGAAUCUCAAGAGGUGCAGAAUUGGAAACCCAAAAUAAUGGAGUUUGACAAGAAGAACCUUCUGGAAGAAUUUUUAAGAGAAAUCCUACUUGCCAAGAAUUCACUGCAGCUACAACGUCUCUACUCUGAGUACAAAGAACAGCUGGAUGCAAAUAUCAUAGAUUCAAUAUAGUCCAGUAUAUUUAGGAAAUUAUCACUUGCUUGUAAAUUUUGUUUCAUUAUUUUCAUGAGAAAUAUUCUUACAGAAUUUGUAGUUCUGGUUGUAUAUAAGAUUUUUUUUUUUUUUUGUUGUUGCCAUGAGUUUGUGAAGCUCACUGUUGCAAGCUCCUUGUUGCAUUAAUUUUUUUGUACACUUAAAUUUUAUAUAAAUUUUUACCUUAUAUUAUAGCCAGUUUUUCUAUAUACAUUACGAUAAAGGCAACCUGUAUGAAUAUCUUUAUGUACAAUGACAUAAGAAAUUCAAGUCUGUGGAUGAAAUAUUUUUAUCUUGCUUAGUUCUUUUGACAAAUUUGAAGUGCUGUGGAAAUUUCUCGUGGUUUUCAUUAUCUUACAACUGACUCCAAAGCUUUGGGUAGCAGGUAUACAAAUGAAAAUUUUAUUAAUAUUUACUAAUAUAAUCUUCAAGGUAUAGAUCACUGCCAUUGACAUCUUUGCCUUAAAAGUCUUAAAUAUAAUAACUCAACUGAUUUUAACACUGCCCAGUAUAGUAUCAUACUGCCAUAUACAUUACAAUGCCCCACACUGCCAGUGGAAACUGUCCACAAACAUUCAAUGCUUAAGGUCAUACUGUGUGUAAAGUUUGUAACCUAGGUGCAAUGUGACACUUAUUGUAUUUUAGCUAUGUACUCGCCUUUACUUCAUUGCCAAUCUCAACAAGGGUCAACCUAUUUGUUUCUUAAGUACAGUAUAAACUGACAUAUCAGUUAGCUAAGAAAAAAAAGAUGUAUUAGAUUUACAGUAUUAAAUAUAGGUAUACUGUAUAUAAGACAUUUUUUGAGGUGUGGUUCUGAAGUAAGUGGAAAUAGGGAACUAAAAGAGAUAUGUCUGGUGUUAUUAGGGGAGUGAUUAAUAAGAGGACAUUAAGUGGUAUGAAUGUAAGGAAGGAAGAGAUGUGAGUGAGUAAUUGAAGUUUGUUAUUAGAGUGGGAGGAGAUUCAGGGAAAAGUUCAGGGUGGAAGGGCAUUAUGGGACUAUGUGAGAAGGUGACAUCAGUAAAGGAAUUGUGUUGCCAAGAUUAGUUCUACAAAGAACGCUGUCCUCCAGUUUAGCAGAAAGUUCAUAGGAUAUAGGUAAAUUAAAAUUAUUGACUAAUGUAAUGCAUGUCUAGCUAAUCAUUCCAUUGUCUUUUAUUUAAAUUUUUUGUGAUAAGACGAUAGGUAGCAACUCGCAUUACGCACAAUAACCUUAUAUCUUGCUUAGUUCUUUUGACAGGUACACAUGAUUAUUUGUAAAAAAAAAAAAAAUAGCAUAAAAUUAGCUGUUUUUGUAUAAAAUAAAGUAAAUUUUGUGUGCAUUUACUAAUAGUUGCAUUAUCUGUACAUUAACUAUUUUUUAAUUCUAACGAGGUGUGUACAGUAGAUCCAUUUUUAUGGUUUCAAGGAAAAAUUCUUUUUACUGACAAAUACCUUCCCACAUGUUUGUAUUUAGGUAUAAACUAUAUGUAUUUUAUUUCAAAACUACUUUUUAGUAAAGUUUCCUAGUCA